ACCCUCGCCGACACCUCCGUCGAGGACUGGGACAAGACCUUCGCCGUCAACGUCAAGGGCACCUUUCUGUGUUGCCGCGAGGCCGCCAACCGGCUGCUCCGUGGCGGAGGGGGGACAAUCAUCACCUUCUUGUCUUCAAUAGCGGGCACGCUGCUCCCCAAUGACUCGGCCUACGCCGCGUCCAACGUCGCGGUGGAGGCGAUGACAAGAAUCCUGGCGAAGGAGCUUCAAGGGACAGGGAUCACCGCCAACUGCAUCGCGCCGGGGCCGAUCAAGACGGACCUCUUCUUCGCCGGAAAGAGAGGAGAGGAGAUCGAAAGGGUGAUCCAGCGGAGCCCGGGGAGGAUCGGCUAGGCCACGGACGUGGCCCCCUUGGUCGGAUUCUUGGUCAAGGACGAGGCCUGUUGGGUCAACGGCCAGGUGAUCCGAGUCAACGGAGGCUUUGUGUAAGGAAGAAUUUUGUUCCUUUUGUAUCAAUAAUAAUAAAAAUAAAGCUUUCUAUUAUAAGAGCUAUUUCUUGUUUUGUUUGAUCUAUAAGCAAUAU